CCUUAACCACACCCACGGGAACAUUUCUGCGCUCUGCGCUCCUUUACCUGUCCACGGGAGCCAAAUCUGUGCGCCAAGAGAUCGAAACGAAUUGGAAGUAAGAGGGAAUAAAAGCGGAAUAAAUAAACUGCUGACCCUGUUGAUAAAAUAUGGAUUAAAAUAUCUGAAAGUCUGAGGAAAAACUGUAACCAUCAAGAGAAGAUUCAACAUCAAAAGAUAUUUGAUUUCUAAUCAGCAGCAUGGACUGGAAGACCUUCCAAGCCCUCCUCAGCGGAGUGAACAAGUACUCCACUGCGUUUGGACGGAUAUGGCUGUCUGUGGUGUUCGUGUUCAGGGUGAUGGUGUACGUGGUGGCAGCUGAGCGUGUUUGGGGCGACGACCAAAAGGACUUUGACUGCAACACCAAGCAGCCUGGCUGUGCCAACGUCUGCUACGAUCACUUCUUCCCCAUUUCCCACAUCCGCCUCUGGGCCCUGCAGCUCAUCUUCAUCUCCUGCCCUUCCUUCAUGGUGGUCAUGCAUGUGGCGUACCGUGAUGACCGAGAGCGAAAACACAGGGCCAAAUUUGGAGAAGACUGCAAGCUGUAUGGAAACACUGGCAAGAAACAUGGCGGGCUGUGGUGGACCUAUCUGAUCAGCCUUUUUGCCAAAACAACCAUCGAGAUCGCCUUCCUCUACAUCCUGCACCACAUCUAUGACAGCUUCUACCUGCCAAGGCUGGUCAAGUGCAAAGUGGUGCCCUGUCCCAACGUGGUGGACUGCUACAUCGGUCACCCCACAGAGAAGAAGGUCUUCACCUACUUCAUGGUAGGGGCCUCCGCCCUCUGCAUCAUCCUGAACAUAUGUGAGAUCAUCUAUCUCAUCGCCAAGAGAAUCGCACGGAUCGCAAACAAGAUGAAAAGGCGCAAUCGCCACCUGGCGGUACUUCAUGAAGACUACACGGACGACAACUUUAACAAUUACAACAGGGCCGUACCUAAAAACAAUCUGGAGGACAAACCUCCGUCCUUCAGGAAUGUCUGCCAGCAGCCGUACCGCGUACAGGCACUCAGGACAGAUCCAAAAAUACGGGCCUCUGCUCCAAACUUGUCCCUUACAUGAUCACGACUAAAGUCAAGAUGAAAGCACAGGAGCUGGGAAUGACUCGGGAAAGUGUCUUGAUUGCAGGUCCACAAACUUCAAAAAGACUCAGACCUGUGAGUCAAACUGCAGAAUGUCUCACAGCCUGGAAGCUGAGUCAUCGGUACUGGAUUCAUUGUGAUAUUGUGUGCACAUCUAAAUCUCUCAUGGAAACUUUUGAACUUUGGUUUCCAAGUCAACCUCCACAAUAUUUACAAGUCAGCUGUAAAAUUUAAGUUUGAUUUUUGGUAUGUGGUCGUCCUUUUCGGAUACAGUAAAUAUCUGAGUAUCAUUUCUACUGACAUACUUAAAAAAAAAAACAUAAAAUAAGCAGUGAAGCUGUUCUUCUGAUCUGAAUUCUAAUAUAGGGCGCAGGAAUGCGUCACAAAAAGAGCAGACACACCUGGUAGAGAUACUCCCCAGACCUGCUGGUAUCUCCAAUGGUGUGUUGGAGCAGGAUAAUAAAGGGUUUAUUUAUCCAUUAAGAAUAUAUAUUUUUGUAAAUUCAGUUUACAGUCAAGUUAUAGAUUUAGUUUCCAAACUUCAUUUAAAAAGUGGAAAACUAAACCUCAUAAGUGUUGCUGCCUCAGAGCUCCUAUAUAAAGUAUCUGAAAGUGUCCAGAGAUUAGUUCUUCUUUUUCUCUACAGUAAAAAAUCAAACACUCAAACAAGGUGCAUCAUUUUUUUGUUUGUAAUUUAUCUUCUUGCUGUCUCUCAGGUUGUGUCGCUUAGACUCCUUGUGUUUUGACAUGCUUGUACACAAUGUUCUCUGAUCCAAGACUUCUGUUGGUUGAAAUCAAUCCAAAGGAAUGUUGCUGUUUAAUUCUGUGGGUUGUACUGAAUCACUUUGGGACUAAAACUGGACAGACCUGGAUGCAACUCGUGGAACCGUAACGGUCCAACCGGGACGACAUGUGGAAAUCUAUCACUGCAGCUGUUGAUAUUUCUCAUUUUCUAUAAAAUUGGAAAUACAUGAAAA